AUGGAGUCAUACGUUCCCGUGAUCCUCCUGAUGGGGAUGCUCGGCGUCACGUUAGCUCUGUCCAAAUUCACGAGGUUUAAGUUUAACAUCCCUGCAUUCCUUCAGGGCGUGAGGAACGAAGUCAGAAAUCGAGAGCUGGAGAAGGUCGAGAUGGAGGCCGUGAUCGCCAAAUUGACAGAAGAUUCCCCAACCCCUUUCCCCAGCGCCAUCCAGGAGAAGGUGAGGGAGGUGGAAGACAAGUGGUCAGAAGUGAUGGCCCUUCUGGAAGAGGCGGAACGAUCUGUCCAGGAAGCCUCGGCUGAAAUCGGCGACAUCCCCGACAGCCAUACCAAGACGGAGGCAAGGAAACAGAUGGUGAUAUCCAAGGAGGCGGAAGACUUACCCCGUAUCGAGGAAGGGGAAGACUUGGAGCAGAGGAAGGCUCGAGCGGCUUCCGCCUCGGCAGUCUCGUCCCCCUCGACCCGAACCCCCAGCCCUAAACCAAAGGGACAUGGAUUCUUGUCCAAAGUGUUCUUUGGGAUGCGGAGAGAUCGACCCAAGAGCCAGGAGGAGGACAAGUCGCCCAAAGUGGAAACCGGCGGUCCUCCUCUCGCCUCUUCCACACCUCUUCCGGCCAUCGAUGCCGAUGACGUCACUGACGUACCCGAUUCGGCUACGCCAGUUCGACGCAGUCUACACACUGAACUUCUCCUGGAGCACAUUCCGAAAGGUUAG